GAUGAGUUUACAACAAUAUUACUACAAACUUGAAGUGAGAUACAUUUGAUGAAUUGUAGAACACUAGACAAGAUAAACUUAUACUGUUGUAGCAUUGGAAAAGCAAGUAAACGUUCUUCCGGUUGGAGUUACGGGUUUGAACUGUUAUCGGUAACCAACAACAAUGAAAUUCAAUAAGCUUGUUUCUUCUUCACGCCGAAAAAAUCGAAAGAGGCAUUUCACGGCACCUUCUCAUAUUCGAAGGAGACUUAUGUCAGCUCCUCUUUCGAAAGAACUUCGGCAAAAGUACAACGUUCGUUCCAUGCCAAUUCGUAAAGAUGACGAAGUUCAGGUUGUACGUGGACAUUAUAAAGGCCAACAAGUUGGAAAAGUUGUGCAAGUAUAUAGAAAAAAAUUUGUCAUAUAUAUAGAAAGAAUUCAACGUGAAAAAGCUAACACCGCUAAUGUAUAUGUUGGUAUUGAUCCAUCCAAGACUGUUAUUGUGAAGCUAAAGAUGGAUAAAGAUCGUAAAAAGAUUAUUGACAGGAGAAGUAAAGGUAGACUCGCAGCAUUAGGCAAAGAUAAGGGAAAAUAUACUGAAGACUCAACUGCAGCCAUGGAAACUUCAUAAAUAUAAUUUCAUUCAUAAAAUUGAAUAAAAAUAUAAUGCU